AUGGAAAGCGAUGUUCAAAGAGUUGGAACUGAUAAACGAAUUAGAUUCAAAGAAUACCAAUGUACAUAUCCAGGAUGUAAUGAAGGACUAAAAACUAAAUAUAAUUGUUUAUCUCAUAUUUGGGAUAUUCAUUUAAGACAUCUUAGUAAUAUAACAGAGUCCUACAAAAAUUUACCAGAUAAAGAACAAGCUCGUUCAUUAUGUUUUCCAUAUUUAAGAUAUGUUCCUAAUGCUGAUGGUAUUAGAAAAAGAAAACCAUAUGAUCUUCCUGACACAUUGAUAAAUAAAUUAGAUUUUACUUCACAAAACACUACUGAUCUACAAUCCCCUUUAGUUCAACCAGAAUCUUCUUUUUAUGCAAAAAGUGAAAAUGGAUAUAAUAUUAAAUGUGUUGAUGCUUCUGAUCAAUCAACAAAUCAAACACUAUUCCCUUAUUUAGACUCUAAUAUUGUAGAACCUCUUUCAGUAAAUUCUCAACAACCUCUGUUAGACACUCAAUUUGGUCAAUCCUCAAAUGGAAUUAUGGUUACUCCAUUUACUUCACAACUGUUAAGUUUAGGAAAUGAUUUUAUCAGAAUUUAUUCAAUUUCACAAAAUGUUAAAAGGCUUUAUGUUGCUGGUGAAAUAUUUGCUGAAAACGGUUUCUUACAACGGUCAGACAAAAGAAGUAAGAAAGAUAUUAAAAGAAUAUCACACGCCUUAGACACUAUUUGUAAAAUUACUGGUAAGUCAUUUAAAUACGUUAAUGAAGAUAGAACUAGAUUUGGAUUUAUUGCACAAGAAUUAAAAGAGGUGAUUACUGAUGCUGUUAAAGAAGAUGAAGACGGAAGAUUUUCUAUAGACCCAUUAUCAUUAUUACCUUUUAUUGUUGAGUCGUUAAAAGAAUUACAAAUAGAAUUAAAGAAAGUAAGCCAAACAGAAAAAGUUAUUAACUUAGCUGUUGCUGUAGAUAAUACUAUGAAAGUUGUUAAUGAGGUUAAGUCAGAUAAUUUAUUUUCCUUUGGACCAAGUUCAUUUGUUGUACCAACUGCAGUGACAUUAACAUUUAUCUCUGCAAUAGUAGCAAUAAAAGGAACUUUUCCAUUUAUUUGGAUAUUUCUUGUAUUUGCUAGUAUUUGUUAUUGGUCAUCUAAUCAAUUUGCACCUAAUGGAACAUUCACUAAACAAGCAAUUACUAUGAAUUUUAUUUUACUAAAUGUAUUUCUUGUUUGUGUAUCAGCUAGUUUCUUAAUGGGAACAGCUUUACAAUUAUAUCUUGGAGUGUAUGUCUCAUUGAUGUUGUUGUUAUGGGGAUGUAGUCAAACAUUGAAUACUUCUUUUUUAAAUUUCUUUAUUGUCUCAUUCUCAUUUUGCUGUUUAGCGUGUUGGGUUGUAUUUAUGUUUCAACCCACGUUUAGUUGUAGUGUUUCUACCCCUAUGAAACAAAAUACUAAGUUUAGGGAAUAUUUGGAGUAUCGUAAUUGGAAUGAUGUUCGAUUUGAAUUAGUUUCUGAUAUCCCUUGGAACUGCUUUAAUCCUCAUUUAGAAGUUAAAGGAAAGAAAGUAAAAUUUGUUCAAGGGAACAAAACAACUAAUGUAGUUGUUGAUCCAGAUACUCUCUCAACAGAUAAAAUUGAAGUUCGAAUGGUAUGCUCCACUAUUCCUUAUAAAUGUAAUAGUUAUACUAUUUAUCAAAGUAUUGAUUAA